AGCGGCGUAGAUAUUUUUAGUUUCUAAACGUUUUUAUAGUCACAUUUAUACAUAAUUACCUUGAUCAAUUUUGACCUAUUUUGUGACGUUUUUGACUCCGCGUUAUCUGGCAGACCCUGCCCAACGGAGUACCUUACCUUCCCAAGUACGUAGCCACUCGGAGCGACUUCAACUUUUCCUCAUCCACCUCGGUCAGACAAGGAAAGCUUGGUGCUUCAGAUUCAUGAUGUCCACACAAUCUCAGGGGCAGAGCACAUCCUCAAGCAUACAGAAACACCAAUUCAACCAAAAAUCGCACGAACUUCUUUCCUGCACGGCCAAGUCGCCAUCGUUUUCCUAUGUGCACCUCGAAGUGGUCAGGAGCAGCCAGGGUCAUGCGACGGUGACGGAAACCGACCAUCUGCAGAUCCGGUCUUACUGCACGUCUGCCCUCCAGCAGUCCCUAGGGGCGACGGGUGUCGCAAUUCCCAUCGACAUCCUCAAGGUCCACGACAAUCAGUGCUGGCUACGCAUACCACGACAAGACCUGGCCGCCUUCUCUGCAUCUAUGACAGCCUGGUCGGGAACCCGUAACGGAGGAGAGCAGUCGAUGCUCAGGAUACGACAGUGCUCGGACUGGCUGGGGAGCAUGGUGGGCGCCGAAGGCCAGGACAAACUCUGGGGGUGAGGCCAUCCACCGACCUGGUGCAUGCACAGAAAAUGGGCCAUCGCCGUUCUGGCACAAUGCGCCGAAAUGCUCAUCUCGUCAUGAUUUUCGCUACAGUUGGAUAUGAUGACCUUGUACGAAACUCCAUUGUUCUGCCCGCAAUGCCAUAAGCCGUAGCAGACGUGUGCCACCUGUAUGCCCCGAA